ACCGGUUCAGAAACCAUGAAUGUUGAAGGUAAGGUAGUACUUAUCACUGGUGGAACCAACGGUAUUGGUUUAGCCGUUGCUAAAAUCCUUCUCAAACACAAAGCAAAAGGAGUAUCACUAGUCGACGUAGACGAAAACACCACUUCACUUGACUCCCUUUCGUCACAAUAUGGUAAUAAAGUACUCUUUAUCAAAGCGGAUGUCACCAUACACCAAGAACUCGAAGCCGCUUUCGAAAAAACCGCCACCUUUUUCAAACACCUGGACAUCGUGAUUAACAACGCCGGAAUAUCAAAUGAGCAAGACUGGGAAACGAUGCUCAACGUCAAUCUAACCGCAGUUAUCCGUGGAAGCUACCUAGCACUAAGGAAAUAUCUUCCCGAAUACAAAUCCGGUGAAGAAGGUACCAUCGUGAACACCGCUUCUAUUCUAGGUUUGCAGCCUACCCAGGUUGCUCCGGUGUACUGUGUGUGCAAACACGGUAUAGUCAGUUUGGGUCGAGCUCUCGCUGGAGACGAAUUUUACAAAAAGUACAAAGUUCGCGUUGUCACCAUGUGCCCAGGGUUAACUCUAAGCGGGUUACAUAGUGCUCCAGUGGCUGUGAGGUCAGUUUUUCCACACAAAAUUUCCGAAGAAAUGAGAAAAAUGGGGGUGAAGAUGCAAGAGUUCGAAGCGAUAGCUGAAGGGUUCCUCAAGGUUAUUAAAGAGGGAGAAAAUGGGUCAGUUUGGGUUGCGGAGAAUGGCGAACCGGCGUAUGAGGUUGUCCUUCCAGAGAAAAAGGACUUGAGGAAGAGAACUUAUCAAUAAAAGUACUUACCACGUGUACUAAUCUCUAUUACUAACUACGCUAUAAGUUUCUAUUUAUUUAUUUAUUAAAUUUGCCUUAUCAAUGCAGAAAUUGAGAAUCCAGUCCGCAUGAUCUGGUCAAAAACACUGUUAGGUAUGAUCGAGGAGAAUUUUACUCACCUGAAGGAACAUACUU